GGUUUUACAUUCCCUGCCGUUCACACGGCAGCUAACGUUUACCGCAUUCCGUCUGAAUCCUCGUUUGCUUUAAAGACUAGUCUCCUUUGAGGCAGUCCCAGCGUCAGUCUGACCAUGAACGUAUCAGGGGCCCGAUUAAACUGACCUGACAUCAUUUUGGAUUCUUGGCAAGUCUAGAGCAACCACAGUGUCAAGUGAAGAUUUGCGCAUCAUGCAUCAGACUGUGAAAUCUUUUCUGAAUACUCUGAACUUCAGUGUUGGUUGCUGCAGAUACUACUUUAAUCAUAACUAUGAUCGGAUAGUACGGUUUUGCAAUCAAAUAAAACCAAGAGAAUUUCAGUUUACAAAGUGUUUGGAAAAUUCAUGGAAAAACACGGAUUCGCCAGGCCACAUUAUGCCACAGAGAUUCUUUUCUUGCAAGCAGGAUCUUCUGAAAUCAGAGCAGGAGAACUGGAAAGUAACUUCAGCAAGAUAUAUAGAUAUGGCAAAAAGAAUCAAGAAAAAAUUAGAAGUAAUGUAUAACAAGUAUACAUUCAGCAUGGGCAACCCAAUGAUUAGGUUUGGGGAUUGUGUUUACUUUGAAGAAAAUGGCUGCAUAUUUCGUUCAAAAGCAGAUGAUGAUGAAGGAAGUGUUGAAUUUUUACUCAGUAUUGAAGAUCUUGGUUUUCAUGAUGCAAUUAUUCAGCGUAUCAGAAUUUCCCCAGACCAGGGGUAUAUGGCUACCAGCAUAAAUAACUCAAAUACUGAAGAGUCAGUCUGUAUUGUUAUGAAACUUGAGAAGUUACCUGAGGUGGAAUGUAUUAUCCCAAAUGUGUUCAGUUUUGAAUGGGCUACAACUGAUGUUCUGUUCUAUACCAGUCAGAAGAACCUUGUAUGCCAUAAGGUGUUUCUCGCCACUUUUGCUAAUAGAAAACAUUCUGAGCUAGUUUAUACAGAACAAGAUCCAAGGUUUUUUGUGGAUAUAAAUUGCACAAAAGACAGACGUUUUCUCACUAUCAACAGUAACAGCAAGACUAGCUCUGAAGUUUGGUUGGUUGACUGUAGCCAUCCUUUUAAUUCACCUAUUCUUGUACAACAGCGAACUAAAGGGGUCAUUUAUCAUGUUGAGCACAGAUGUGAUGAAUUAUACAUUCUUACUACUUAUGGAGAGCCUGCAGAAUACAAGUUGAUGAAGACUCCAGUUGGUUCCUAUGGUAUGGAGAACUGGCAGUUGGUUUACACACUGAAAGAAAAGACUAAGCUAAUAGACUUAGAGAUGUUCAGAGAUCACUGUGUGAUGUUUUUGAAACACUACGGUCAUCUUUAUUUAAAUGUGAUUUCUCUUGUUUCUCAUUCAGUUCAGUCUAUUAAGUUACCUGCAUGGGCCUGUGCAUUUGAGUCAGAACCCCAUCCCGACUACAAUGCCAGCACUUGCUAUUUUCAGCUCACCUCUCCUGUACAACCCCCUAAACGUUUUGCAUAUUUAUUGGUGGAAAAUCAUCUCACUGAGGAGGAGGCACCAAUUACAAUUACUUGCCGCACUGUACGGUUAGAAGCUAAAAGCAAGGAUGAAAUUUUGGUGCCAAUUACAGUUUUUUAUAAUACAAAUUCUAAGGAGCUACACAGGAAACCACUUCUGGUUCAUGUAUAUGGAGCUUAUGGCAUAGAUUUGAACAUGAGCUUUAAAACGGAGAAGCUGAUGCUAAUUGAAGAUGAUUGGAUAUUAGCAUAUUGCCAUGUAAGGGGUGGAGGAGAGUUGGGCCUGAGUUGGCAUAAAGAUGGAUGUAUGCAUAAUAAGCGCAAUGGCCUUCAUGAUCUUAAGGCUUGUAUAAUGCUUUUGCAUGAACUAGGAUUUUCUCAGCCAAAGUAUACAGCACUAACAGGUACCAGUGCAGGAGGAAUUCUUGCAGGAGCUCUCUGUAAUGCUAAUCCAGACCUCAUCAGAGCCAUGGUUUUACAGGCCCCUUUCCUAGAUGUUCUAAAUACAAUGUUAGACACUGAUCUCCCACUGACUAUUGAAGAACAGGAAGAAUGGGGAAAUCCAUUAACAGAUGAAAAGUACAUGGACUAUAUUAAAAGUUACUGCCCCUAUCAGAAUAUUAAGCCACAGGCUUAUCCUUCUGUUCUAAUCACAGCAUAUGAAAAUGAUCAACGAAUACCACUGAUAGGAUUAUUAAAAUAUGUUCAUAAACUUAGAAAAGCAGUAAGGCAUUAUGAUAGAAGCAUGAAUAAGAAAGGAAACCUGAAACCUAAUAUCAUCUUAAAUGUUCAAACAGGAGGCAGUCAUUGUGCCCCAUUGUGGGAGGAUUCAUUAAAUGAGGUUGCAAGCCACCUUGCUUUUCUGUACAAAGAAUUUGGAUGUGAGCGAGACUAACUGGAGGAAGUGAUUUAUUUAACAUGCACAGUUAUUUCAGGAUUUGGAUUUCUAAAAGCGAGAGCACUCAUUCUCCAAAGGAACGAACUCUAAUAAAUACCUAGAUGUGG